GAGUAACGCACGUUUCUCGGAGGUGAUUCAGUUAGUUAUCUGUAUAAUUACUAUAUUUGGAGUGAUCUGGUAAGUGAUCCGUAUAAUUGCUGUUUUGGUUUGCAUUGGAGUUCACAUUGAGAGAGCAAAAUUAUUGAAGACUAAAAGCAAGAAAAUGAGGUUGACAAGAUUAUUAUUUACCAGUAGAAGAUAUCCAUUGGAUGAUCCUUGGGCUAAAGAUUGGUGGAAAAAAAUUAAUAAAAAUUUUCGUUAUGGAAUGGCAAAACCUAAAACCCCAGCAUCUCUCAAAGCUAAUUAUCCUGGUAGAAAUAGACCAGCAGUGUUGGUUGAACCACUAAAAGAUUGGAAUUAUUUUCGAGGUGAUCUGGUGCAGAUUUUGAUAGGAAAAGACCAAGGAAAACAUGGAACUAUAUGUGAAAUUAUCAGAGAAAGAAAUUGGGUUGUUGUAGAAGGGCUGAAUUGUCAUUAUAAAUGUCUUGGGAAAACUGAAGGCUAUAGAGGAAUGUAUAUAAAGAGUGAAGCACCAUUAUUACACAACCAAGUUGCAUUGAUAGAUCCAUCAGAUAAUAAACCAACUAGUAUUAAAUGGAAGUACAAUGAAUCUGGUGAGAAAGUGAGAGUAUCAAUCCGAACUGGUAGAAUUAUUCCGUUGUCACCAAUGGCAUUUCAGCAUCCUGACUAUAAAACUAAAGAUUCAUAUUCUGAACAAACAAAAGAUACAGUUGGGGAACACGCAAGUAAAGAUUCUUACAAACCAUCUCUUAAGUUAGUAGAAGAGGAACUAAUGGAUGCAAUGGGUAUCAUUGAAACCAGGAAGCCUGGUAAAACAUGGUGGUAUUAGAUAUAUUAAAGUAGGACAUGUGACAGGACUGACUUUCUUUCCCCAAGUGUUCAUGUUAUGAAAAAACUGUCAAUGGAGGAAAAUCAUGAUAUGGCAGUGAACAAACUUGAUGGUUUUUUGCUGAUACAGUACAUCUAGGAUUUUAUCAACUGCUGUGAUCUUUACACCUGUUAUAAUCUUAGUAUUAUGUUCUGUGGAAAAGUGUCAGCACCUUACCUUAGGAGUGUAUGAUGUACAGUGUAUCAUUACAAUACUGCAUAUUACCUUUGCCUACAGAAUUAAAAUCAUGUGUAGUAAAAACCACAAA